AUGUGCUCAUACAGUCGUCGACAUUUGCAUCGCCCAACGCGCAGGAAUUGGUGGAUCUGGCAUAGGCACGUGCCGUUUUGGAGAUUCGCAGACCUGGCAGCUGCGGCACGGGGAUUUGCCAAGAUGGUCUCCACGGAGCGACUGUCUUUCGCGGAGGUCAAGGCACGUGCUGGCGUGAUUGAGAAGGAGGCGCAUGCAAAGGAUAUCUCAAACAUUGGCCCCGCCAACUUGGCUUGGAGACUUGGGCGCUCAGACAACACGUGGGGAUCCCCUUCGGAAGACACUGCCGGCACCGCGACCCCUUCUCUUCACAGUGGGGCCCCGCAGGCAACCUCCAACUUGGCCUGGAGCCGCGGGAGCCACGGCGUAGUUCGCGAGGUGCCGCCGCAGGCCGCUUCGUCGCUCGGAGACUUCCAGGAGCUCAAAGCCCAGCAUCCGGCCAACGCUGCGCAGGGCCUCGGGCAGCUUCAAGCGAGGAGGGAACCCUCCACGGCCGCCCUUGGAGCGGAGGCGAAAGGCCGAACGGGCGGACCCAAGCUGCAGGAGCUCGCGGCUGCGGCGUGGAACCUUGGGGCCACGAAGUGCCGCGGCGACCCAUCGCCGUCAGCGACAGCUGACGCCGGGCUGCGAGCUGAUAAGCCUUGGAAAGCGCAGGAGGCGUCGAACAUGCUGCGAGAUCCCGGUACAGCUCAGGCCGUGCAGACAGCCGUUUCGAAUGCGCUCAUGGAGGCAGCCUGUCUGACAACGGAGCUGUCAGCACAGGGCAUUUCGAACGCAGCGCAAUCCACGGGCACUCCGGCAUCGGAGCAUGACCCAGCGACGAGGGUUGCAGGAGCCAGAGGCGUGGAAGAGAUCAGCGAGCUUUCCUUGCAAGGGCUGUCCAACACUGCGCGGACUCCUGGAACUGCAGCAGCCUUUGAUCUGCGGUUGCCGGAAGCUGCCGCAACUCGUUUUCGCAGCUUGCCUGUCCACGACUGGGCUCCUGGCGCUCGAGAGAGGCAUGACCAGCUGCUCGGUCUCGUUUCUGCACUGGCUCUCUCCACGGGAGGUGCCGAGCUCCCUCUCCUGCUGGAUGUCGCCACUCGUGCUGAGGAGCUUCUGAGUCGGCGUGCCCAGGAGAUGGAUGCCAAAGAUUCACGAGGGAUUUCGCCGGACUUAGACGAGUUCAGGCCCAGAGCCGGCGAGAGGCCCAGCAACCGGCCCUGCAUCCUGCUAGAGGGCCGGGAAGCGUGCGUCUUGUGGAAGCCACCUGGCUGGACGGUGUCCGUGGGAAGCUUCGAUGAAGACGAGGAGGAGAAAGCCUGGCGAAGCGGUGCGCCGGGCCAGCCACUGCAGGCGUGGGUGCUUGAGAACCUGGGACCUCACUGGCCCAUUGCCCGCGAUGAGAAAGCCGAGUUUGGCUUGGUGCACCGCCUGGAUCGGGAUACGUCCGGCCCUAUACUCUGCGCAAAAACCUACCGGGGAUUUCAUGGUCUUCAACUUUGCCUUGUUCGUUUCCAGUUGCGCAAGGACUAUGUUUGCCUCUGUGAAGGCUUUCUGUCAGCGCCGCGCCUGCUAGAUGCGAAACUCCGCAUCGAGGGCUCGGGGAAAUCCCUCCGCAGCGUCGUGGCGCCGAAGGGCCGCGGGCAGCGCGCCGUCCUGGAAAUCCUGCAAGCUUCGCAUUUUUUGACCGAGAACUCCGAAGCCGUGAGCCUGGUACGGAUCCGCCUGCGCACUGGUCGAAUGCACCAAAUCCGCGCACAGCUGAGCGGGCUCGGUCACCCCUUGCUGGGAGAUGUCCUCUACGGAACACCCCGUGCUUGGCUGCCCCGGAUCUUUUUGCAUGCCACGUCUGUCGGCAUCAGCGUACAUGGGUUGCACGGCGAGCCUUUUCAAGUGGACUGCGUACUUCCACCGGACCUGCAGCAGGCGCUCGUGCGCUGUGCACCACUGGACAGCUCCUCUCGGGCAUGUCGCGAGAGCUGGCUGAGCCGCGAAAAUGGACAGCGUUGA